AUGCUUCGUUCACCGAAUAAAGCAGGAUCAGACUCCGAUAUCUCCAAACUACCGAAAACCCCUUCUUCGCUUGCGGUUUCAAGACAAAAAAGACGUCACGAUGAACUCUCAAGGGAUGACUUUCUUUCGUUCAAGGAAGAAGUUAUGCAAAUGCUAAAGUCAUGGAAAGCUGAUCAUGACAACAGACUAUCUAACAUGGAAAAUAGUCUUACAAAUAUAAAGAAGAUAAAUACAGACAUAGAAAAGUCACUGGAAUUUAUAUCUCAGAAAUAUGAGGAUAUGCAAAAUAAAAUAACAACGCUUGAAAAACAAUGUAAAGAUAAUCAUACAUACAUUAUGUCUCUGGAAGAAAAAGUUGAGGAACUCUAUCGAAAUAGCAGAAGAAAUGGCAUAGAGAUACGUAAUAUUCCUGAAAAAGAAAAAAGAAAACAAAAACGAUUUAACGCAAUUAGUGAUCUACCUCUCGAAAACAUUAAAUAUUAA